GGCACGAGCAGGGAGAGAGCGGACAGGGAGCCCGCUGCUGCCACCUCAACAUGGAGUAGCGACAUCCCAGCAUUUACUGCUCAGAAGCGGAUCCCACAGAGAGGAAUACGCGACGGCCUCUGUUUAAUUCAUCCGCCGACGUCCCCGCAAAUGAUACAGCGGCCAUUAUUUUUCAGCAGACGCAAAGGAAAGCUCGGCUUUUAUUCGAAAGAUGGCGAACGACUCUCCAGCUAAAAGUCUAGUAGACAUAGACUUGGCUUCAUUGCGGGAUCCAGCUGGGAUAUUUGAAUUGGUGGAGGUGGUUGGAAAUGGCACCUAUGGACAAGUAUACAAGGGACGACACGUCAAGACUGGACAGCUGGCUGCCAUCAAAGUCAUGGACGUCACAGAGGAUGAAGAGGAGGAAAUUAAACUGGAGAUCAAUAUGCUGAAGAAGUAUUCCCACCACCGAAACAUAGCCACCUACUAUGGUGCUUUCAUUAAGAAGAGCCCCCCGGGACACGAUGACCAGCUGUGGCUGGUGAUGGAGUUCUGUGGAGCCGGUUCAAUCACAGAUCUGGUGAAGAACACCAAAGGGAACCAGCUGAAGGAAGACUGGAUCGCCUACAUCUCCAGAGAGAUCCUUAGGGGUCUGGCCCACCUACACGCCCACCACGUCAUCCACCGUGACAUCAAGGGCCAGAACGUCCUGUUGACCGAGAACGCUGAAGUCAAACUAGUUGACUUUGGCGUGAGUGCUCAGCUGGAUCGGACAGUGGGGAGGAGGAACACGUUCAUCGGGACCCCUUAUUGGAUGGCCCCUGAGGUUAUUGCUUGUGACGAGAACCCGGACGCUACGUAUGAUUACAGAAGCGAUCUGUGGUCUUGUGGCAUCACAGCUAUAGAGAUGGCUGAAGGAGCACCACCACUCUGUGACAUGCACCCAAUGCGUGCGCUCUUCCUCAUUCCAAGAAACCCUCCUCCCAGGCUCAAGUCUAAAAAAUGGUCCAAAAAGUUUUUCAGUUUCAUCGAGGGCUGUCUGGUGAAGAACUACACGCAGCGGCCCCCGACAGAGCAGCUGCUGAAGCACCCCUUCAUCCGAGACCAGCCCAACGAGAGGCAAGUCCGCAUCCAGCUCAAAGACCACAUCGACCGUACCAAGAAGAAGAGGGGAGAGAAGGAUGAGACAGAGUACGAGUACAGUGGCAGUGAGGAGGAGGAAGAGGAUCCCCCAGAGCAGGAAGGGGAGCCCAGCUCCAUUGUCAACGUGCCAGGUGAGUCAACGCUGCGCCGCGACUUCAUCCGCCUGCAGCAAGAGAACAAGGAGCGAUCAGAGGCGCUCCGCCGGCAGCAGCUCCUCCAGGAGCAGCAGCUCCGGGAGCAGGAGGAGUACAAGCGCCAACUGCUGGCCGAGAGGCAGAAGCGCAUAGAGCAACAGAAGGAGCAGAGAAGACGGCUAGAGGAGCAACAGCGACGUGAACGGGAGAUGAGGAGGCAACAGGAGCGCGAGCAACGUCGCCGUGAGCAGGAGGACAAGAGGCGCAUUGAAGAGAUGGAUCGUAGACGCAAAGAAGAGGAGGAACGCCGGCGGGCUGAGGACGAGAAGAGGAGGAAUGAUCGUGAACAGGAGUACAUUAGACGUCAGCUGGAGGAGGAGCAGAGACACCUGGAGAUGUUGCAGGAGCAGCUGCUCCGCGAACAGGCCAUGCUGCUGGAGUUCAAGUGGCGGGAGCUGGAGGAGCAGCGCAAGGCCGAGCGACUCCAUAAGCGGCUGCAGCAGGAGCAGGCCUACCUGCUGUCGCUCCAGCACGAGUCCAAACAGCUGCCUGGCGACAAGACCAAACUCCCCUCAGACCAUAGCAAACCUCCAAAGACCUCCACCCUGCCCCCCGACAGAGUCCUAACCACAACCCCUCAAGCUCAGGUCCUUGACAGUGCCGUUUCUGUAGCAAGAAGCGCUUGUGAUUUCUCCAGAGCACUUCAGACAAUCCCCUCAGACAGCCCCAAAUCCCAGGAAGCAGUGCCAGAGACGACUGACUCUGAUGAGACCGGUCCCAGCCAGCUCCCAAACUCCCCCAGCCCUCCUCCGACUGAAACCCCCACUGACUCUGAACCUCCCCAGGCAGAGAGUUUGGAGCCCGAUAGGCCGGCAGAGCCUGUCAGUCAUCCUCCUCAGCCUAUCAGAGAGGCCGACGAGCGGUACCGUAAGAACAUUCAGGGCUCCCCUCAGAUCGCCCCUCCUCCCAAGCAGCCCCCUCUGCCUCCCCGCUCCUCCGAACCAUUCUCCAAUGGCUCCUCCUCCGAGGCCUCCGCCAUGCACCGGCCCAUGGAGCCUCAGGUCCAGUGGUCCCACCUGGCUGCUCUAAAAAGCAGUAACAGCGCCGCCCCCUCUCCUCCUCCUCCUCCUCCGCCCGUGGUCUCUCGCUCCCAGUCCUUCAGCGAGCCCGGCGGCGUGACCUCUAGCUUUGCACAACUCCACCUGCGCUCCCAGGACCCCCACCAUCACCACCACCACCACCCAUCGCCCGCACGCACUGACUCCCAGCCCCAACCUCCCCUCCACCACCCUCAGCCCCAAACCCGGACCGAACACCAGGCCGGCGGUGAGGAGGUGCCUCCCAAGGUGCCGGUGAGGACAACAUCCAGGUCUCCGGUCCUGUCGCGCCGUGAGUCCCCUCUGCCGUCACAGCCUGGCAACCAGGGCGGACAGAGGAAUGCUGGCGGUAAUGUGGAGCAGCGCCCGCUGUGGGAUCGUGUGGAGAAGCUGCAGCCUCGGCCGGGCAGUGGCAGCUCCUCCGGCUCCUCCAACUCCAGCUCCCAGGCCAGUCCUGGUGACCGCUUCAGGCCACGCUGUGAGUCCCCUGCUUCCUCCAAAUCUGAAGGAUCGCCUCUCCAGCGGCCUGAAAAUGUUCCCAAAAAACAAGAUGAAAAGAACCUUGUCAGGCCCACUCGACCAGCUGAUCUGACAGCUCUGGCCAAGGAGCUUCGAGCAGUAGACGAUGUGAGGCUUCCCCACAAGGUCACCGACUACUCCUCCUCAAGCGAGGAGUCGGGCACCACCGACGAGGAAGACGACGAAGAGGUGGACCAGGAGGCGGGAGAGGAGUCCACCUCAGGAGCCGAGGACUCCAGGGCUGGAUAUCCCCAUGGCUUCCGCAGGAGGCUGAGUAACGGGGAGACGGAGUCGGCUAAGACCAUGCUGGUUGAAGACUCGGAGAGCGAACAAGCCAUUACACCCUCGAAGGACGGCACGCUGGUCAUCAGACAGAGCACCGCUGACAUAAAGCGAUUGGUCAGUCUCUCCUCCUCCUCCUCUCCCUCGGCUGGCCCUGGCCACGUCCACGGCCAGCCCCAACCCCCCGGCCAUGGCCUGGCGGAGAAAAACGGCUUUGCCGGCCGCAUACACCACCUACCAGACCUUAUCCAGCAGAGCCAUCACUCCCCUUCCUCUUCCACGACCAUCCCUUCCUCCUCCUCCUCUUCCUCCUUACCCUCAUCAUCUAGCUAUGCCAGUCCUGCCAUGUCCCCACAGAAUUCCCUGGACAAGCUCACUGCCAUAGAGUCCCAGUCAGAAAGCAAUUCCAUGUCCAAACACAAGUCUUCCUCUUCCUUCACUCCCUUCAUCGACCCUCGUCUUCUCCAGAUUUCUCCAUCCAGCGGCAGCUCCCUCAACAACAUGGCAGCAUUCGGGCCAGAUGGACGGCUCGCAGACCCGCUGAGGUCUGAUCCAUCCCGUAAAGGCUCUGUGGUCAACGUCAACCCAGUUAACACGCGCCCACCGAGCGAUACACCAGAGAUUCGCAAGUACAAGAAGAGGUUCAACUCUGAGAUCCUGUGUGCUGCACUCUGGGGAGUGAACCUGCUCGUGGGAACAGAGAGCGGACUGAUGCUGCUGGACCGAAGCGGUCAGGGGAAGGUCUACCCACUGAUCAACAGGAGACGCAUCCAGCAGAUGGACGUCCUGGAGGGACUCAAUGUCCUCGUCACCAUUUCAGGUAAAAAGAACAAGCUGCGAGUGUAUUACCUGUCAUGGCUGAGGAACAAGAUUUUGCACAACGACCCUGAGGUGGAGAAGAAGCAGGGUUGGGUCAACGUUGGCGACUUGGAGGGUUGUGUCCACUACAAAGUCGUGAAAUAUGAGAGGAUUAAGUUCUUGGUGCUGGCCUUGAAGAACGCUGUGGAGGUGUACGCCUGGGCGCCCAAACCCUACCACAAAUUCAUGGCCUUUAAGUCUUUUGGUGACCUGGUGCACAAGCCUCUGCUGGUCGACCUGACGGUGGAGGAAGGUCAGAGAUUAAAGGUCAUCUACGGCUCCUGCUCAGGCUUCCAUGCUGUGGAUGUGGACUCGGGUGCCGUCUACGACAUCUACCUGCCCACACAUAUCCAGACCAGCAUUCAGUGCCACGCCAUCAUCAUCUUGCCCAACACUGACGGGAUCGAGCUGCUGGUGUGUUACGAGGACGAGGGCGUGUACGUCAACACCUACGGGCGCAUCACCAAAGACGUGGUGCUGCAGUGGGGAGAAAUGCCAACUUCAGUGGCCUACAUUAGGUCAAACCAGAUCAUGGGCUGGGGUGAGAAGGCUAUAGAGAUCCGCUCAGUGGAGACGGGCCACCUGGACGGCGUCUUCAUGCACAAGAGAGCCCAGAGACUCAAGUUCCUUUGUGAGAGAAAUGACAAGGUCUUCUUUGCCUCUGUGCGCGCUGGAGGUGCCAGCCAGGUGUAUUUCAUGACCCUGGGACGCUCCUCCCUCAUGAGCUGGUAGUCGACAUCCUACCACACCAACCAACACAACGACCAGACCUAAGCAGUGACCAACAGAUGACGAUUGUGACUAUGACCAACGACGAAGAAGAAGAAAACCGAGAGAACAGCUUUCUCUGGCCUGCUCGGGCAAACAAACAACGGAUUGGACUGUAAUCAUGAAACGAAGCCAGGAACAGGUGUGCGUUUGGGGACGAGGAGGGGCAUUCUGGUUGUGUGCAUCGUCACGAGUUCACUAAGUAUGUUCCAGCAGAAAACCCCAAACAAGCCUCCAGGUUUGUCCUCACCCAACCUUCGAGCCGAUCCCCCUCCUCCUCUUCCUCUGCAGGACGCGGGAUCUGUUGCCUGUUGAUGGUUAAUCUUUAUGUGUCAUAGUAAAACUUUGCAUCGUGUAUGUGUGAAUGGAGGAAACACUGAGCAUGUGAAUGACUGAAGGGGACGAUAAGAGGCUAAAUGCGGCUGUUACUGUAUCGACGAAUACUUUUGAGCCACACCUUGAGUGUAGCCGUUUGUAGCUGUGUUUAGUCCAGAUCCUGUUCAGGUGAAAUUAACUCCCACCAGUAGAUUUCCACGUCAAGCAUGUCAUUUAACACUAGUUCACAGCCACAUAAGUAAGGCUUGACAUGUAAAUCUGCCUCUGUAUCUUCACUUUCUUUGCCUUCUCCUCCUUAAAGUGAAGAUUUUUUUUAAGGGACCUUCUUGAUAUAUCCAUUAAAUACAGGGUACUGGAUAUCAGCGUGUACAUACUAACGACAUCAACCUUGUAGGCUUUCAGACUGUCCCAGGUUUUACAGACACUAUCUCGACUUUUACCACAUUGCCUCACGUACUGUAGGUUAUGUCGGACAGAAGUAGCCCUGUUUAUGGCAGCAUGUUGGCGACAAACAUUAGCUCCAGUUUUUCAUACACUGUAUAUUUUGUAUGUGACUUGCUGCACAUAAAUAAAGCAUAAGAAUGCAGGACUCACCCAUAGAUGAGUUUUAAAGGAAAAAUCCACCCUAUUUAUCAUGAAGAUGUCGUUUUUUUAGGGCUUAUUUCAUUUUGUGAUUUGCGUCUCUUGCCCUCAAUCUGCUUCCGUUGCUAGCCAAACCCCAAAUGUGACAUGCAUUACCAAAAGCUUGUUUUUCCCAGGUGGAUUUUUCCUUUAACAUCAGUCAUAAGUAGGGCUAGGAUAAACUGUGAAUUAGACAUGCAGAAUUAGCAGGUGGCCAUUAAGGUAGCAUGGAGGCCAGCGGGCAGAAGUGACAGGAAGGGAAUGAAGGCAGCAUGCGUCAGAGGGCUGAGACGAAGCUUUGAACAUCACACUCCUUGAAAGGAUCGGGUGAUCGUCCUCCCACGGCGACGUUUGAAUUCCACAUCUAUCAUCUGACUCUAUUUCGAAGGAGACGUUAGCUUAAUGUUGAGCUAAACGGUUGCCUUAGAGGGGUCUCCAGCUGAUUAGAAUUGUAAGAAAUCCUCUACAGGAAGUUAAAAGUGAAGUUUGGAUUUCGCGUACUGUAGGAACCAACCGUGUGAUUCAAUAUUGGACCUCUUUUUUUUUUUUUGCCAUUUUGAGCUUCGGACAGGCCGUGCGUUUACUCAGACCAGUCUGAAUUGAAGAGACUUUAACUGGAUUAUUAUUCCAUCCCAGAAUUUCCUUCAUUUUCCUUUUCAUACGAGACAGUCUCAUUCCACUGUUACAAUGUAGAAUCCAUCCUGCAGCUGUGUGUAUGCUCGAGUGAAAACCUGACUCAUGAGAUUCGCGAGGUUUCACUCCCCCCCCACCCCCACCCCCUUCCACCCUACACUCGACUCUUUGACCCCGCUCUCAGCAAAGGUGGUGCCUUCACUGUCCAAGGUGGGACCUGCUGAGAGCUGCAGAACACGGGAAUGCGGCGCUUUCACUGUCUGAUCAUGUGCGGAAAGCAAAGAAAGUCACGUUCUAAUAGCAGUGUUACAGAACCACUUCAGACGGCGUGAACUAAGCGGCAUAUUUUUAACUCUGACUUAGUUUUUAGUCUUGUUUCUGCGAUUUUUAUUAUGUAACCCUUCAGAUAAGUAUGCGACUGCAGUGGUUUUUAAAUUGUAAUGCACACCUUAUGUUGGAAAUGUUUACAGAAGCAAUUGUUUUGUUAAACCAAUGUGCAUCGAUAUGAAUAUUUAUGGUUUAUUUUGAGGGCAGUUUUUUCCCUGUUUUGUAUUUUGUAUUAUUCCCUUUUUGUACUAUCAUUUAGACGUUUGUGUACAGGAAUAAUCGACUUUUGCUCACGUUAUGGAUUACACAAGUCUAUAGAGUGUGAUUUCACUGAUUCCUCUACAUCCUGCAUCGUGCACAGUGUGCCCCUGGCCGUGUGGCAGUCUGGAUCAAAUGUUUUCUACCACCCAGGUGCCAGGUGACAUGUUCCCCCCUCAGACGUCUCUGCCAUGCCUCUCUAAUUUAUGUCCUCUCUGUGUGUACUAUGGGAAUUACUGUAUUUUCCUGAAGGUCUUUUUUUCCAUUGAAUAAAAUCAGAAGUAA